CUCAUCAAUCCAUUCACUCAUUCACAAAAGCGAUGCGAUGCAGUCAGUGAGUCUGACAAAAAAAGCAAGAGGGCCCUUCACCCACUCAGUCACGUCAGCCAUUCAGAUGCACUCAGUCCCCGUCCACUUCUCACACACUGCCCCACCGGCGUACGGCUACACGACGCCACUCGCCAACCAGCACUGCUCACCCCACCACCGUCCCCCUGUCGAUGACGUCGGUCUCCAACUCGAAUCGCCGCAGCAGACGGCGCCACAGAGGCUCCGAAAUGGGGAAGCGGAUAGUGAGUGGUGCAGGCGCAUCAGCAGCAGAAGCCUCGGUCGUCCGCAGGAGGAUGCCGUUAAACCCCACCACCAGAUGGGCAGCGAUGGUCUCCUUUUCGCGGCAGCCACUCACAAUGACAUCACGAUAGUCCGUCACGUCACCACCAUCCAUAUUGCCCCAGUCAUAGCGCCAGUCGACAUCGAUGCCCAGAUCCUCUGUGAUGGCAUCGGUGCUCAGCAGACGGCCGUAGUGAGGGUCGUCACGGCCGAUGGGUGCAAAGAGCACCCUUUUGUGAUCCACGCCCUCUCCAUCCGACCAGCAGACGAGCAUCGUCUGCAGCAGGAAUGCCGAAAAGGAGGGGUAGAAGAUCGCCCUGUCGGAUGACAGGGUUGGUCCGCUUGUAGCCCUCAGCAUAUCGAUGGCCGCCCGGCAGCUCACCCAACGACACCACACGAAAUGUCACACCGCCAAUCCGAUAGGCCCCGCUGUCGUUGGCUUGCUGCAGCGCCAAUCUGGUCCCUCCGCAUGUCAGCUGCUGGCCGAUGAUGGCGUAGAGGGCCAUGGCGAGUGGCAGCUGGUGGAAGGCCGUUGCUGUGGGGAGCGAGUCAGCCGACAGACAGAGAGGCCGCGUCGCAUUGGCAGGGGUCAGCCGGUAGAUGAAUGCCAUCCGAAGGAACCGCCCCAUCGCCCGCCACUCCUCGCCACUGCCCCGCUCCAGCACAUAGACCACCUUCAAGCCGGCCUCCACAUCACCGCCAAUGUCGAAGGCCAACACGUCCGCCACGCCGAGACGGCUGAGGGCCUUGUUGAUGUGCUGCUGGACAGCGUUGAGCAGGGUGCUGUUGACGGUCUCCACAGUGUGGCCCAGCAGCUCCUGUUGCCGAGUGCGGGUGGCGAUCUGCGAGCGGAGAGCGGCUCGUUUGGCAUCGUCAGUCGCCAUGGCCAUGGCGGCCAUCUUGCUGAUGGGCAAUGACAGGUCAAAGAGGUCGGCGGGCUGGAAGAGGGCAGGGCUGGGGGGACGGGACGAGGGCGCUGUGCCAGUGGGCUGCAUCGUGACUGUCUUGAGGCCUCAACGAAGUGUGACAGGAGAGAGAAGGACGCACC